GCACUCAUGUCGGACAGCGACGGCUCCCAGCCCCAGGCAGCGGGGGAAGUGGGAGUUCAUCGAAGCAAGAGGAGACCUUGCAGUCAACCGGCCUUUCCAAUCCAGCAGGGGGUGCUACUGCCAUGAUGUCAGAGAGUGAGUCGGAGGAGGCAGAUAUGGGACGACUGCAAGCCCUGUUGGAGGCUAGAGGUUUGCCGUCUCAGCUAUUUGGAGCCUUGGGUCCCAGAAUGCACCAGUUGCUGCACAGAACUAUGGGCAGUAAUAGCUCUAUGAACAAAGCCCAGCAGCUGCUUCAAGGUAUCCAGUCGACAGGCAAUGAGGACCAGCAGCUCUCAUCAGUCAUCGAGAUGUGCCAGAUGCUGGUGAUGGGUAACGAGGACACGCUGGGGGGUUUCCCGGUGAAGCAGGUGGUUCCCGCGCUGAUCAGCCUGCUCCAGAUGGAGCACAACUUUGACAUGAUGAAUCACGCAUGCCGCGCCCUUACCUACAUGAUGGAAGCACUGCCCAGGUCAUCUGCAGUCGUCGUGGAGGCGGUCCCUGUGUUCCUUGAAAAGUUGCAAGUUAUCCAGUGUAUGGAUGUGGCAGAGCAGGCCCUGACGGCGCUGGAGUCCCUGUCCAAGAAGCACAGCAAGGCCAUACUGCAGGCGGGGGGCAUAGCUGCAUGCCUGAUGUACCUGGACUUCUUCAGCAUCAACGCCCAGCGCUGUGCCCUGGCCAUCACUGCCAAUUGUGUCCUCAACAUGACCCCAGAGGAGUUCCACUACAUACGAGACUCUGUGCCCAUGCUCAGCUCUAGGCUCUCUCAUCAGGACAAGAGAUCUGUGGAGAGCGUGUGCCUGUGUUUUGCCCGACUGGUGGACAACUAUCAGAACGACCGGCGCAUCCUCAAGGAGAUAGCCGUCCAGGGACUCCUCACCUACAUACAGCAGCUGCUUGUGGUGAGCCCCCCUGUGAUAUCUACGGGAACGUUUGUGAUGGUAAUUCGCAUGCUGGCCAUCAUGUGUGGAAACUGCCCUGACCUGGCAGUGGUGCUGCUGAGGCAGAAGGUAGCGGACACUCUGUGCUAUCUGCUGGUAGGCACGUCUGAGGAGGCUACAAAGACGAUAGAGCUUGUGUCCAGGACACCCCAGGAGCUGUAUGAGAUAGUCUGUCUCAUUGGGGAGCUGUUGCCCAUGCUCCCGUCAGAUGGGAUCUUUUCCGUAGACGCCCUAAUGAGGAAGGGCUCUCUGUUCAGUGUGGAUGCCGUGGCCUGGCAGUGGAAGGACGACAGAAACAUGUGGCACAACUACUCCCCCAUCGAUAGCAAGAUCAUUGAGGCGGCCCAUCAGUCAGGUGAGGACGAAGUGAGCCUAUCCACAUUCGGUCGAGCCUACACCAUAGACUUCUACUCAAUGCAACAGAUCAACGAAGACACAGGCACGGCCAGAGCAGUACAGAGGAAGGCUAACCCCACAGCUGGCAACACACAGGGAUCAGGCUCUGGUUCGGAGACUGACCUAGAACGCUGUGAUUCGCGCGCUGAAGUGCUGCGUGAGGACGCGGACCUCGCCUCUGCCUUCAUCAAGACGCUUUUCGCCGUACUCUAUGAGGUCUACAGCUCAUCUGCUGGACCGACAGUUCGACACAAGUGUUUACAGACGCUUCUGAGGAUGAUUUUCUUCAGCAACAAUGAUCUCUUGAAAGAUGUACUCAAAUCGCAACCUGUCUCUAGUCACAUAGCAGCCAUGAUGGCCUCGGUGGAUUUGAAAGUGGUGGUGGGGGGCAUACAGAUGGCCGAAGUGCUUAUGCAGAAGUUGCCAGAUAUUUUCAAUGUCUACUUCCGAAGAGAAGGUGUAAUGCAUCAAAUGAAGCACCUGACGCAGAUAGACCCUACGGCAGUGACCCCAGUCAAGUCCCCUCAGCCAAGCCCUGUCAGCCCUUCGCUGUUUGGCGGGGCCACCCUGGUAGCCAUAGGAACCGGCUCUGCUCACGCAGGGUCCCUGCUGAGCGUGACCUCAAGCGAGACCAGCUGCAGUGCUGGUUCUGGUGAGGUUGGAGGUCAGGACACGGACUCGAGUCACAGCGUCAGUGUAACUGACGGCAGCGCGUCUAACGUGUCUGGGAACUUGAACCAUGCUGAUGAGAAGGACCAUGGCCUGGCACAAAUGAGACUGAGUGAUGUUCUGAAGCGUAAAAAGCCACCCAAGCGUCCAGUGAGGAAGGGCAACAAGAAGGAGGACAGUCCCGAGCUCAGUCUCAAGUCCUCCAGCAGUCGAGCCCGCAGUAGACUCAACCCCAAGGAGAAGUCUAGCAGCGGGUCGUCAUCCAAGAUGUCCUUCUUGCCGAGUCUAAACCCUCGCACCUGGGGAAAACUGGGCGGGUCCGCGUCAGCAUCGUCUUCGUCUACUGAUAGGCCGCUGUUGUCAAAGUACCCUGGUGUCAAGCAGUUACCUCCCCCCAUAUCCAAUAACAAGGACAAAAUCAAGGCUUGGAUCAAAGAACAAGCUGUGCGGUUCCUGGAGCAGUAUUUCUCUGAGGAGACCCAGUCUGGCAGCCACCCCGCCCUGUCCACACUGAACAAGCUAUGCACCGCCACGGAGAAUCUCAGUCUGCAGGAGGACUGUGGUCUGGAGCCACUGAAAGAAAUCUCGUUAAUCAUGAUGGACAGUGAUGUGUCGCCAUUCGAGGUGAUCCACAGCGGGCUGGUGAACAAGUUCCUGCAGUAUCUCACCACCAUGGAGGGGGCCGUCCCACGAGAUGUCAGAAUACGACGCUUCUUGCACGUCUUCCUCAACUGUCCGUCCCCGGACAUCAUGUACAUGAAGGACAUCAAGAUGCCAGACGGGCCGGACACAUGCAGCAUGCUGCCUCUCGUACAGAAGCUCAUGGCCUGCAUGCACCAGCUGGAGCAGUUCCAGGUCAAAGUUCACGACCUUCCCGGGGGGUCAGGGUCAACCGGCAGGGGGUCGAACGCCCUCAAGUUCUUCAACACUCAUCAGCUGAAGUGUCUACUGCAGAAGCACCCGUCAUGUACGACCCUUAAACAGUGGAAGGGUGGUCCAGUGAAGAUUGACCCCCUGGCGCUGGUACAGGCCAUAGAGCGCUACCUCAUCAUGAGAGGGUAUGGCAGACUCAAGGAGACAGAUGAUGAUGGGAGUGAUGAUGACAAUUCGGAUGAGGAAGUGGACGACACAAUGGCUGCAGUGUUCAUCAGCCAGGGCCAGGCCCGACACAGGCUGGAGUUCCUUAUCGGGGACCACGUGCUGCCCUACAACAUGACGGUGUACCAGGCCAUACGUCAGUACAGCAACUGCACAGACCGCGAGGGCGAAGAGACAGACACAGACUCUGAGAACCCUGUCGGGCACGCCAGUGUCUGGGUGCAGACACACACCAUAUGGUACAGACCGGCCCCUGAGAAUGAGGACCCUGCACACGCCAGCCCAAAGAAGACCAAGUCUGAGGUGAAGGCUGCCAAGUCAAGUAGUAAGAAGAAGUCUGAAGAUCUCUGGACCGAUGGGAACUGCCCAGGUUUUGUGCCAGCCCUCAAUGCCUACCUGACAGAAAAGCUGCCUGCCUUUGUGACAGUACAGGACCCCUCUGUGGAUGUGAUAGCCCUGCUGCGUAUCCUGCAUGCCUUCAACAGAUACUGGGCCACUGUGUAUGAGGUACCCUCGUAUUAUGCAAAACCAGUGUUGGGGAAGUCAGAUUUCGUGAGCUCCAAGUUGACAGCAAAGGCAAACCGCCAGUUGCAGGACCCCCUUGUGAUCAUGACAGGCAACCUGCCCUCAUGGCUGGCAGAGAUUGCGGCUGCCGCCCCAUUCCUGUUCCCGUUCGACACCCGUCAGCUUCUGUUCUAUGCGACAACGUUUGACCGUGACCGCGCGUUGAUGAGGCUGCAGGACAACUCACUGGACACGUCAAACAACGACUCCAGCGAGAGAGUUGCUCCCAGGCUAGAUAAGAGGAAGCGAGUUGUAAAUCGCACAGAUUUGCUCAAGCAGGCUGAGAAGUUGAUGGAAGACCUUGCCACCUCGAGGGCUAUGCUGGAGAUACAGUAUGAAAAUGAGGUUGGCACAGGCCUUGGUCCUACACUGGAGUUUUAUGCCCUUGUUUCCAAAGAGUUACAGAAGUCUGACCUUGACCUCUGGAGGGGCGAUGUCGUACAGGAGAAAGAUGCUUCAGGCAAUGAGACGGGUAACCAGUACGUGUUCUCCCCCUGCGGGCUGUUCCCCAAGCCCCUUGCUCGCAACACGAAGGCCGCAGUGGUCAACAAGAUGAAGGCCAAGACCAAGUUCCUCGGCAAGCUGAUGGCCAAGUCCCUCAUGGACUCCAGAAUGCUGGACAUCCCGUUGAGCGAGGUGUUCUACAAGUGGCUGCUGGGCCAGGAGCACAGCCUGACCUCCAGCGACCUCCAGUACCUUGACCCCGUACUCUCAAGGUCAUUCAACCAGCUGGAGGAAGUGCUCCGACAGAAGAAGAGGAUACUGGCCGACAAGUCUCAUACUGAGGAGAGUCGUCGGCUGGCCCUAGAGAACCUGUCCAUAGACGGCUGCAGCCUGGAGAACCUGGACCUGGACUUCACGCUGCCCGGCCACCCCAACAUCGAGCUCAAGAAGGGCGGCAAGGACAAGCAAGUCAUACUCGACAACCUCGAGGAAUAUCUCCAGUUGCUGACCCACUGGAGCCUGGUGGAGGGCGUGUCAAGGCAGUUUGAGUCGCUUAGGGAGGGCUUCGAGUCCGUGUUCUCUCUGUCCUCUCUGCAGAGCUUCUACCCUGAGGAGCUGGAGCUGCUGUUCUGUGGUAACCAGGAGGAUGUCUGGGACACCAAGGUGCUCAUGGAGUGCUGUCGGCCCGACCACGGGUACACCCACGACAGCCGCGCAGUCAAGUUCCUCUACGAGAUCCUCUCCUCCUACUCGCCCGAUGAACAGAGGCUCUUCCUUCAGUUUGUGACGGGGUCCCCGAAACUCCCUGUUGGAGGUUUCCGAACUCUCAAUCCCCCGCUGACUAUCGUACGGAAGAGCUUCGAAGGGGCGGACAAUCCUGACAGCUUCCUGCCGUCUGUGAUGACGUGUGUGAAUUAUCUCAAACUGCCCGACUACUCUUCAGUGGAGGUGAUGCGAGAGAGGCUUGCAAUAGCAGCAAGGGAAGGACAACUCUCAUUCCACUUGUCAUGAUUGUGUUGCCUGCUGGCUGUUGCCUCCCUUUGCAUGGGAGAAGAAACAUGGUGGAUAGUUUUUUUGGGGGGAUGACAGAAUUUGUUCUGUUCCCUAGAGUGGAUUGUGGAUUAUAUUAUGUGGUGCGGAGAAGAAUUAAUAUAACUGUGCAUACAAAAAUUAACGAAACUAAAUAUAAAUAUAUGUGUUUAAUAAUAAAGUUAAGUUAUGGUUUAAUUCUUGUUUUUUCCCUGUGGUAAAGAUCGAUACAUUCAUUUUUGUUCAAUGUUUCUCAUCUUUGUGCUUUAAAAUAAAAAUAACUGUAAUAGUAUUUGUUGUAAUUAUCUGUGGGAUUUUCAAGAACAAAACUAGACAGAGUGUUUAUGUGGAAAUAUGUCUACCAAAAACUUAUGUAAAGAAUAUGUGGAAAUUAAAUACUGCAUUGUGAGGGAAGUAACCUUGAACUUUUUAUAAUAAUAUAUAUGUUAUAGCUAGUAUAUUCCAUUAAUUAUAAUUAAUAAAUUUGGCUGUUUGGAUCAUGCUUUUAACCUUGCUUUGUUAGUAGUAACUGAAGGAAAGUAUUACAUGUACUUUUAUACUGGGUGUAAGCUAUUGUUAAAUCAGUUUAUUAGUUAUUAUUAUUUCUUAGAAAUUAAAAUGUUUUAUGAUUUCCAUAGAAGUUUAAUGUUUAAAAUUAUUGAAGCACAUGUCAGAAAUCAAUGACAUGUCUAAUGAUAGCUGUUGUAAUUGUUUUUCAUUUCUAUUAAUUGUUUUGUUUCAUUUGACUGAAGUUUAAUUUCAUUGAUGUUUAUUUAAAAUGUCUAUACUUUGUAAGUAGAUACAUCAUACGUUUUGUUUCCAGUUCGUGUAUGAAGUAACAUGCAUGUGAGUUAAAUUAUGGUGUUGAUACUAACGUGUUUGUUGUUGGUUGUUUGUUUGUGUUUUCUUUGGUAAGGUACUUUAUAUUGAUGUGUUAUUAAAAAGUAAUUCAUGUGUUUUUAUUUUUGUCUUUGAAAUAUGUUUUAUCUGAAAUAGUGAAUUGGCAAAAUACUACUUGAAAUCUCUUUGUUUUGGUUGGAUCUCUUUAUUUUAUUUGGGUAAAUAUUUAUUUACUAUUAUGAUAACUGUUUGUAAUGACAUUCAAUCACAUUUAUUAAACUCAGUUUAUUUGAAUUCAGCGCUGUUUAAUUAAUAUGUUUCUGUAUAUCUGACUGGGAAUUAAAACUGGCAAUUACAAACGGUAUAAGAUAUUUCUAUUAAACAGAUUUAGUAAAAUGGUUUGUAUUAAUGACACAUUGUUGUUUGUGCAUUUAUCUUGUCAUUUGUGCAUAUAUAUAUUAUUUCGGUAAAGAGAAUUUCAAACAGUACAUAUUUGACAAUACUGAAAUAUUUUAAAUUCAAUAAAUGUUUCUCAAUAAAAAGGCUAUAUAAAAUUUUAAUAUUUUAAGGACCACAAUUUAGAUUGCAAAACACACGUGUCCCUCUCGUUUAUUUAUUGCAUACUUUAUUCUAUUUAUGGUGCCAACAUUCAUAAUAUGCCUUGAUCAGAGCUUUUAAAAAUACAUUGAAAUUUUCUAUAUCAUAUCUUUUACUGCAAAAUUAUAGUUUGUCCCUGUUAAAAUGUACCGUUUGAAAUGGUAUAAGUGAUAUAUUUUAUGCUUUCCUAUGGUUUAUUCAAAACUAUCAGUGAUCACAAAUUUGUAAUUCACAGUUGCAAAAUCAAGAUUGCAUAUUGUCCUCAAUUUUCAGUUUCACAUUUUCUUUUCCAGCUGCCCAAUUAAAUGAAGUAAAUGAAAUUAUUGUGGAAUGUGGGAGACUCAUAAUUUGUGAAAUUACGUCAUUAUGCUGACUUAAUUUUAUCAUUCACAAUACAUUUUCACGUGAAUCCCUUGUAAAAUGUAAGCAAAUGAUGGUAAAAUGAAGAAGUUGUUGAUUUUUGAAAUUAUCAAUUUUUUUAAUCCUUUUGUGAUAACAAACAUUUAAUGAUUUCACAAACAUUUAAUGAUUUCACUUAUGACUGCCUGUCUUCUUGAAAACAUUAUUUAAUUAGUUUGUGUCAUCAUCUUGUAACAGUAAGAUCUUUUUACCAGGUCUAUGAACGAUACAAAGGUAUAAUUCUUAAUGCUUAAUCUGCAAAUUAAAGCAGUUAACGUUUGUGUAUUGAAAUUCCUUUUAGUCAAGGGUCAUGUAAAAAGAGUUCAAAAAGCAAGAGAAAAAUAUUCAUUUUUUGUACUAAGUAUGUUACUUCUAUGCUAAUCACAAAAGCAACAAUUCUCAUAUGUGAGCAAUGACUGUAAUUAAAAGUAUGUGACCUUGAAUAUGCGCACUUUGAUAUUCAAGAAGAAUUGUAUAAAGACCUUAUAUAUUAACCCUUUGCGUGCUGGGAAAUUUGUAGUCAGCUAAAAUGUUGUCUGCUGAAUUUCUAAAAUUAGCAUUUUCUUAGAUUUUUUUCAAAGAAUACUAUCAGAAAAGCAAACAGUUUGGAUCCUGAUGAGACGCCACAUUCUGUGGCGUCUCAUCUGGAUCAAAACUGUUUGCAAAGGCCUUUAAAAUUCGGUUCCAGCACUGAAAGGGUUAAAGAACAGAGGUAGAAUGUUCAGACAGUAAUAUUUAAAGGCCCCAUAAUUCUGUAAGGUUACUUUUAAGUAAUGUUUAUUUGUAAAUAUCUAUUAAUAUUUAACAACUUCAAAUACUACCUAAAAUAUAAAUGCUUAUAAGUAAAAUAAUAUGCCUAAAACAAUAUUUAUAAUGAAUAACAGAUAUUCUUUUCAAUUAUCCGAGAUGUUUUGAAUAUUAUUUAACAAGUGUACAUGUUGAACUUUGUUUCUUGUUAUUAUUUGGAAUAUUACUAAAUUUAAACUAACAUCUAUAAAAUCCUUAAUGUCAAUCAAAAUUUCUUGUAAUUAUUUGGACUUCUCAAAAUUGACAUCAUCUGCAGUCAAUUAUUUGGGAUAUUACUAAAUUUAAACUAACAUUUAAUGAAAAUGUUUAUGCCUAUUAUUAUUUCUUGUAAUUAUUUGGACUUUUCAAAAUUCACAUCAUAUACUGUCACCAAGUGCAAAAGUUGCAAUACAGUUUUUUCCACACCAUCAAAAACACCCAACCCACAGUUAGUCGCAUUUCUUAAUUUAACGUUGCCCUCAAGAUUGAGAGUGGUGGUAUGUUUGUUGAUUUAAAAGUUAUAUGUGUGCACUUUGUUUAUUGUAGUGGACUUUAGAUGUAUGAUGAUUUAAAAUUUGUUCAUGAAACUGUUCAACACAGCAGAGAUAUCAAUAAAAAUAUAUUGUAA